AUUAGCUCCGCGCCAGCGCAGCCGAAGGCCCGGGGGCCUGUGUGGCCUGGGGGCGGUCUCAGGGCGGCCUCGGCGGGCGCCUGCAGCUCAGUUGCAUGGCACGGGGGUGGCGCGGCAGCACCAGCGGGCUGCGGCGAGGGGCGUGUGGAGUGGCGGAGCGGUGGAACUGGGCGGCUGGAGCGGCAGCCCGGAGCUCCCGCCGGGUGCAGCGCGGGCGGGUGGCUGGCGGGGCUGCCCGGCGCGGGUGUCCCGGCGAUGUGUGGCGCUGAAGCGGCGGCGGGAGCAGUAGUGGCGGCGGCGGCGGCUGCGGUCUCGGCUUCGGCUUCCCGACGGUGGCGGAGGCGGAGGCGGAGACGCAGAAUACUUCUCAGGCCCUGGCGAGCCCGGGCCUAACUGGCGGCCCAGCGAGGCCCCCGCACAAAGCCCCGGGCCGAGGCCUUCCUCGCCUCGCCCUGCCCCGGGAGCCUGCCUCCCCGGCCGGCGAUGAGGCCGGGAGGCGACCGCGCGGGGCCCAGCACAAAGGUUUGUCCCCAGGGGCCGCCGCCGCCGCCGCCGCCAGCCUAGAGCCGCCCCCCGAAGCCGAUCUGGCGCCAGGGCCCUCGUCCCCUCCUGUCGCUAGUGGCGGCUGCUGUCCGUCUCCCCGAGACCCAGGGGCCAGAUCCCCGAGCCCUUUGCGCCCUCGGCUGCUAGGGGACCGAGCAGCUACGCAGCCUGCGGCGCUCUUGGCUCUGGGGGCCUCGCGGAGCAUGUCGGAGGAGAACGACAUGGACAAAGCCAUCAAGGAAACUUCCAUUUUAGAAGACUACAAUAUCAAUUGGACUCAGAAGCUGGGAGCUGGAAUUAGUGGUCCAGUUAGAGUCUGUGUGAAGAAAUCUACCCAAGAACGGUUUGCACUGAAAAUUCUUCUUGAUCGUCCAAAAGCUAGAAAUGAGGUACGUCUGCACAUGAUGUGUGCCACACACCCAAACAUAGUUCAGAUUAUUGAAGUGUUUGCUAACAGUGUACAGUUUCCUCAUGAGUCCAGUCCCAGGGCUCGACUCUUAAUUGUAAUGGAGAUGAUGGAAGGGGGAGAGCUAUUUCACAGAAUCAGCCAGCACCGGCACUUUACAGAGAAGCAAGCCAGCCAAGUAACAAAGCAGAUAGCGUUGGCUCUUCAGCACUGUCACUCCUUAAACAUUGCACACAGAGAUCUCAAGCCAGAAAAUCUGCUUUUCAAGGAUAACUCUUUGGAUGCUCCGGUGAAGUUGUGUGACUUUGGAUUUGCUAAAAUUGACCAAGGUGACUUGAUGACACCCCAGUUCACCCCUUAUUAUGUAGCACCUCAGGUACUGGAGGCACAGAGAAGGCAUCAGAAGGAGAAAUCUGGUAUCAUACCUACCUCGCCAACACCCUACACGUACAACAAGAGCUGUGACUUAUGGUCCCUAGGGGUGAUUAUCUAUGUGAUGCUGUGUGGAUAUCCUCCUUUUUAUUCCAAACAUCACAGUCGGACUAUUCCGAAGGAUAUGCGGAGAAAGAUUAUGACAGGCAGUUUCGAGUUCCCGGAAGAAGAAUGGAGUCAGAUCUCAGAGAUGGCCAAAGAUGUUGUGAGGAAGCUCCUGAAGGUCAAACCGGAGGAAAGACUCACCAUUGAGGGAGUGUUGGAUCACCCAUGGCUCAACUCUACUGAGGCCCUUGAUAAUGUGCUACCCUCUGCUCAACUGAUGAUGGAUAAGGCAGUGGUUGCAGGAAUCCAGCAGGCUCAUGCAGAGCAGUUGGCCAACAUGAGAAUACAGGACCUGAAAGUCAGCCUCAAACCCCUACACUCAGUGAACAACCCCAUUCUGAGGAAGAGGAAAUUACUCGGCACCAAGCCAAAGGAUGGUGUUUACAUCCACGACCAUGAGAAUGGAGCUGAGGAUUCAAAUGUUGCCUUGGAAAAGCUUCGAGAUGUGAUUGCUCAGUGUAUUCUCCCCCAGGCUGGAGAGAAUGAAGAUGAGAAGCUGAAUGAAGUAAUGCUGGAGGCCUGGAAGUAUAACCGGGAAUGCAAACUUCUAAGGGAUACCCUGCAAAGCUUCAGCUGGAAUGGUCAUGGAUUCACAGAUAAAGUAGAUCGACUAAAACUGGCAGAAAUUGUGAAGCAAGUGAUAGAAGAGCAGACUACUUCCCAUGAAUCCCAAUAAUGACAACUUCAUACUUUGUUUUUUCUUAACAGUUUGAAAAAAUAUUGCUUAAUGUAUAAAGUAAUUUUUAUGUAAAUUAAUAAAUCAUAAUUUAAUUUUCACAUUGUUUAAAGUUGCUAUAGAUUUAGGUACAGGAUUUAUUAAUAGUGUAAUUAUUGUUUUUAAGAAAAGCUCAAUUCCUAGAGACAUGUUAUUACUCUAUAAGACUGUUUAAUCUUAUAUUUGUAAGAUGAUAGAUGGUAUUGUCAAGCAAGGUUGAUUUAUUUGUAAUAAAGUAUUCAAAAACUUGCUAGAGGUACAUACAGGACCAACUGUACUGACCUUUCUGCUUAUGAACAGUCAAGUCAAAUACUGUGGA